AGAUUGAACAAACUGACCAGUAGCAAACAACAGCUUGAGAGCUAUGCAUGAAGGAACGGACGUCCGUGUAUGAUACUGAGGGAAGUAACAGUACUUAGGGUCAUACAACAGAUGCAAUUUCAUCAGUUCAUAGUUGAAAACACAAGAAUUGCGCAGUUCAGUAAACAAAAGUACAUCUCCAAGCCGGAAAGACAAGCCUACGCAUGCGCAAUAACCACUCAGCAGAUACCGCAACGAAAUGGCUUCCAAAGCGACUAAAAUACGAGCUGUUGUAUCUAGUUCUGAUACUGAAUCGUAUGCGGUGCAAGAAAAUGCAACCGGCAGUGGCAGCAAUGUUCCUGCAUUCCUUAUGAAAUUAUGGACUCUCGUUGAAAACCCAUUAACUGACCAUCUAAUAAGCUGGGAUUCGAGUGGUAAGAGCUUUCACAUCUAUGAGCAGUCCCAGUUUGCUCACGAGAUUUUGCCACUCUACUUCAAGCACAAUAAUAUUUCAAGCUUUAUCAGACAGCUAAAUAUGUAUGGGUUUAGAAAAGUUGUUCACGUGGAGCAAGGUGGGCUGAAGGUGGAGAAGGAUGAUUUAGAGUUCCAGCAUCCAUACUUCCAGCGUGGGCAGGAACUACUUCUUGACUUGAUCAAACGCAAAGUUACAAAGAAUGUGCCUACCAAAGAGGUGGCAGGAGUAAAUCUAAAUCUUGAUGAUGUAAACAAAAUGUUGGCUGAUGUUUCCCAACUCCGCGGCAAACAGGACAGUCUGUCAACCAGCUUCCUGAAUCUGAAGAAACAAAAUGAUAUUCUGUGGAAGGAGCUGAUCUCCCUACGACAGAAACAUGUACAGCAGCAGCAGAUAGUAAACAAGUUGAUCCAGUUUUUGCUGUCAUUAGUCACCAGGCAGGGAGGCAUGCCCGGACUCAAGCGGAAAAUUCCGCUUAUGCUAAAGGAUUCCUCUCAUUUGGAAGAUGAAGAGGGGAAAGGUCCCUCCCCAAAGAAAAAGCCACAUUUUUAUGUGGAUAGUCCCAGUGAUCAUGAUUACACAGUGCAGUCUCCCAGCGCCCCAAGUAUGCCAAGAACAGGAUCUAUGAACUCUGCUUCUGGCCCCGUUAUUCAUGAGUUGGUGGAUACUGAUGACUGCCACCAAGAUCACAUCUUGCAAAAUUCAUCACCACUUAAAGACUCCAUCCGUGUUACCCACCAAAUGUCAGUGCCUCAGCCACAAGCACAGACAAGUGCAGUAAAGGCAGCUUCUAACCGAUCACAGACUUCUGGUCUGGAAAGUCUGCUGGACCAGGCACUCAUGUCAGCAAAUAUUUCUCCUCUUGAUGCCAGCAUGGUGACUCCUGAGCAGUCUGAUAUUCCAAAGGCUUUUGUUCCUGACACACUGCCUGGAUCAUCCCCCUCACCUGAGCCACCAGACCAACAGCUGCUGCAGCAACCAAAGAUAGAGUCACAAGAGCAAGCUCUACUUCCCUCCUCUAUUGGACAGGUCAUAUUGAGACCUUCAGACCGACCUCUUUCUUCAACAAAGGACAUGUCAGACCAGUUGGAGUUUUUGCAAGCAGACAUUGAUCACCUUAAGGAAGUUCUCAGCAGUGGUCAGUACAACCUGGAUACCAGCAUCCUUCUUGGGCUGUUUGACCCCCAGAGCCCUCUGCCAGUGAACUUGGACUCCCCUGUAAGUGCUCAUGAGUUGGAGUGGUUGUCAUCUCAUAGGAUCAGACAGUUGUCAGAUAUUAUGGGAGGUGUUGGCAGCACAGAAGCAAGUAUCUCACCACAGAUUAGUGGCAGCAUCACAGGACAAGAACUCUGGCAGUAUCAGCCUCCAGAAGUACUGCCUGACCUUUUUGAUUUUGGAACCCUUACCGCUUCAGAAAUGAAUCAUGAAGAGGAGGAGGAUGAUGAUCUUCCAAUAUUCUUCAACAACGAAAAACGCCAGGAAGAGGGACUGCCAAAUUUCUUUGACAAUAAAGAGACUACCCUGAACACACCAAAACCAUCAUCUAAUGUCGGAUUCCAUUUAGGUGAAAAUGGUGACAUUGACAUAAGUGUUGAGGAUCUUGAUUGAAGGACAGAAAGAGCAGACAGAAUAAUAGGCAGUGCUUUUAUAAAGAAGACAAAUUUAUGAAAAGAGUGUUUUUUGUGAUGAGUGCUACAUGGUAGAUGCAUACCACUGAAAUUGCAUCUGGUCUCUGACACAUGGUCCUUGUAGGAAAGCUUUUCAAGGCUUCACAAGAAUGUAGGAAAGGUUGUAUAGAAACAAACUGAAAGGAAUAUGAGUUGAAGAAAAAGUGUUCAAGCAUACACAAGAUGCCAACUGUAUAAUACAAAACAGUUAUUUGUGUGUUAUUUUCAUCAGUAUUCAAGUACUUCCACUUGUUUCUCAACCCAGAAUAAUGUUAAAUGUUUAUAUGAAAGCAGUGAACACUGAUCUUUCAAGGAGACAACUCACAGAAGCAGUAAUCCAGUUGCAAGAAAGUUCGGUGCAGUGUCAUAAAGUUGACCUUACUAAAGUUCCAUUUACAAAUCUACUUCACAAGAGAGAGAAUCAGAACACAUCCUUAGUCGAUGAACAGUUUGCCACUUUUACUUUCCUUUGUUACCAAAAAAAAAAAAAGUUUCCCUGCAAAGCGUUCACCAAGUAUCGCCUACCAGCCUUCAUGAGUUUUUUCUUGGAGACUGUUCAUGUAAGUGAAAUAAAAUGUAUCAUCCUGUAAAAAUUAAAUCCAUCCACAUUUUCUGUCUUGCUGCAAUAUGGUAAAAAUUGUAUAGUUUGCAUUCUAUUUACUUGUAGGUCUCCACAGAAGUGUGUGCUAAUGGACAACCAUUUGACCAGCAAGCACAAGACUGUUUUGGUACAGCUUCUUCACCUGCAGUUGACAUCACUCGCUUUUAACAAUGCCUGCUAAGCAGGUUGUUUUGUUUUUUUUUAGAAUUUGGAAAGUCAAUCAAGGGAAAUAAUGAAAGGUCCGUUUUGUUCCUUACUGGUCAAAAGAAAGUGAAGGCGUAUUUCAGGUUGUGCUGGGAUAAAAUAACUUGGACAAUUUUAUUUUUUGCUGAAGAAAUUUUCAUUGUGAUUGUUUUACACAAUUUGGUGUUUCACUGUAACUUAAACUUUUCCCUCUACACAUUUUGGGUGAGUGUGUGUAGCUUCAGUGUACAAGAGAAAUAUAUCAUUUUGUUGUUUGAGUAUCUUUGUUGAAGAUAUGCCUUAUAACUGUGGUACACAUGGAAAUGAAGAAUGCAUGUUGACAGUCAUCAGCUUGUUUCUAAAUCCUGUUUUCCUAGCAAGCAUAGUUCGUUUAUUUUAUGGCAAUAUAAGCCUGCAUGUGGUUUGUUUGAGUUUGUCCUUUUUUUCCUCGGUGUAGCAUGGGUUGUUAAUAAGUAAAAUGUACAGUGGCACUUGAGUAUGUUGGAGUGUCUGCCAUUUGCCUUGAAGAUGCCAAUAAAGCAAUAUGCAGAAAGAAUGAAUUAGGACUGGAUUGCAUGAAUUCAUGUGUUUUAAAAAUGUGGCAGGCUGUGACGUAGAAGACUUGACAGUGGCUAGUCUUCAUCGUAGUUUGAAUGAAAUAAAAAAUUUGUAAAUUUGCAUCUUAAAGUAUCCACAUUUGUGGAUAAAGCAAAUAAAGUAUUGUAGUUCUGUGUAAAUGAAAGCUAAUUAUGUGUUUCACAUAUAAAAAUAAAAGGCGGUUUCGUUUUUAUUUUGUGGGGGUUUUUAAAACAGAACUGUAGGUAAUCAACAGCUCUAAUUCAUGUAGAUUUCCAUCAUAUGACCUUUGCUUGCAUUACAAGCACUGUAUAAAAUCUUUAACUAAACUACUAAAGGUGUUAGUUAUAUUAAUGUGCAUAAUUAAUAGAUUUUACUUCUUAUUGUUUGCUCUUUGUCAAACAUCAUAUCAAUCUCAUUGCCAACAUCACAAUACUUUGAAACAGAUGCUAUCAAAGUGAAUAUUAAAAAAAAUGUACAUCUGUUGGGUUAAAUGUGUUGCUUCCAUGAACCUAUAAAUAUUUCACCCUUCAAAUAGAUGUGACUUCACACCACUACCUCAGUUUCAAUUUUUAAAGUAGUCUUCACAUUCUAAGAGGUAUGCUCAUUCAUUGCUCUGCUUUUAUGAAUUGACAUAUGCAACUUGUUCUUCUAUCACAAAUUUAAACAGCAAUUAAUAAAAAAAUUAAGAUUUUUGAUUUAUCAAUUACUUUUUGAUAACGAAAUCAUUUUAAUUCCUUGGCUAAUGGUUUCCAGAAAGCUUGAUUUACUUGCUUCUAGCCUUAUAUGAAUUAGCAGCGAAUACAAAGAAACUAGCAGAAUAGAGUUGUGCUAGAUGUAACAUUUUGUACCAUCAUGUAUUUAAUUCUUUUUGCCGAGAACUAUAGACAACAAUUAUCCUACCAUUUGCUUUCUUUGUUGUUGCUAGUUUGCAAAUGACAAGUUACUAUGACAAUAUUUUCUCUUUUCUUCUGCGUUGAACUGAUUGUGUUUUAUAUUAUCUGUUUGGUGCAGGCAGCAUACUCUACUUUUCAGUGUAGAUUGGUGUCAGUAUUUUGAUUUGCAUUUUACCUCAUUCCUUUUCUCUCACUCAGCUUUUCUUCUUUUGAUUAAGAAGAAUUUGCAAACUACCCCAGGCUCCAAUGAUGUUCAUUCUUGACAAGCGUGUUUCCAUGGGAAAUUAAACCCAUCUUUGUGGAUAUAGACUUUCCAUUUUUCAGCAUAUGCUAAUCAUUCUUUUGUAUAAUUUAUUCACCUCUUUUUUUUUUUCACUGUGUUAAUCACGUUGGCAUAAUAUAGCUUCAGCACACAGUAAUCAACCAGCACUUCCAGUUAAAAUCCUCAUUUAUAUGUUGGCUCUACGCAUAUUUUUGUUGCUAUCUUGUAGGACCUUACUGUCAAGCAUUUUAAAACUAAAAAAGUGGAAGAGGAAAAUAUAAAGCAUAAAUGAGAAAAAAGGCAGUAUAAAGAGGCUGAAUAAAAUUACUGAUGUUUGAGUAAGUAUAGCCUUAUAUAUAUAUUCUUCACAUUUCCACUGGUUACUCUUGUGAUUACAAACCAUGAUUUUACCAUAGACUAAGAAUAUUUUAGGUAUAUCAAAUGCGGUGACAAUAUGAUUUUACGGCCAGGAAGACUGGAUGUAUUAAUAUUGGAAGUGUUGACUAAUAUACAUGCUUUUCCAUGAAACCUCAUAGUAUUUUUUUUUAUCCGAACCCUGCUGCUUUGUAUUUAUUACUGUUCCAGGCUACAAGCACCAGGUUUCUGUGUCCCUUUGUUGAAUGUUUUAUAAAGCAUGUAACAUCGAUUAUAUAUCAAGUGCAGUCACCGACCUUCAGAUUUAAUUGUUAUCACCUUUUAUUCAAAACUUGAAAUUAUUCCACUUUUAAGCCAUCAUCAAAUCGCAAACACAAUGUACAUACUAUUUAAACAACUAUAUAUAUAGUCUUCAACACACAGCUGGUGCUAACUGAAGCCUGACUUCAUCCAUUCCCAGCUUGUAGACAGUGUUUGAAAGGAAGCUUAUUUUUAAAGCCAACAUAUUUUUCUGCCUAGAUCCUUCACAACCCAUGUUUUAGUCAUUUUUCCUGUCGUCUUCAUCAGGUACAGUAUAUUGUUGUUUUGUUGUCAGUAGUGCAUAUAGCAGUUGCCCUGAUCAUCUUGGAGCUGAAUAAUACUCUAUAACCCUUAGAUAUGUUCAAGUUUGUGUAUAUAGACGAAGAACUGAUGUCAACAACAGCAUAUAUUUUUAAAGGAUAAUUUUUCACAAAAUAAAUUAUUAAAAAGGUAA